UCUUAGCCAGUGUGCUAAUGAGCCUGUCAAGCAGAAGAAAGAGACAGGGUACAGUUAUGCAGUGGCCCUACAACUGCUGGGCUUGGAUGACGGGACUGGGCCCAUUGAUAGGGAUCCUGUCCUGAUGAGGGGGACCUACUUGUCCUUUCUGUAUCUGCGCCACCUGAGGAUCAGGGAGCUGCAGCGCAUCUGCUUAGGAAUUCUGAACUGUUUUAGAUCUGUUGAGCGAACACUGACGAUCAACACUUCAGGCCUUACCUUGGUUGCAGGGAGCCUGGUCCCCACCUCAGAAGAUAGUUCCUGGGUAAAUGUGGCAAAAGGAGGCUUGGGCACCUCGCAAGGCCUAAGCGCUCACCACUAUGCCCAUGGGACAUCUGCCGAGCACAAGAGUGUCCAAUUCACGGAGUUCUUGGAAGUGGAGAACCAGGAUGACUACUACAGCAUGGAUGCUGGUUACGUCCACACCCAGGACCAGCAAGGAGGGUAUGUCAUGUAUGAUGAAGCCUUGAAUGAUCUGAAGGAACUAGAGACAGAACUGCUGCUUGUGGCCAGCCAUUACACUGAGAAAGAAAAAGGUCACAAAGAGGACAGCGAGUCAAAUAUUGACCAGGACUGGGGAUGGGCCCAUGCAGGUGUGGACAGAUGUGCUGUGCUGUAUGACAUGUGGACUUGGGAAGCAACUCUUCUAGAAAACAAACGCCAACUUCUUGGCAGUUACUCUGAAGCCUACCAGCAUGCGUUGGACCCAGAAGAGAGGUUUGCCUUAGCACAAGCCAUCACUGACGUCAUACACAGGUGCCCAAGGUUUGAUCUCAGCUACCCUUACUUCAUUAAGGCCUACCGAGAGGAAUGCACCUGCCUGAGGCUUCACCUGCAGCUGGUGAGGGGCAUCCUCACUCCCAGCCCAGAAUCUGGAUUUUCUAGGGCAGCACGUACACGAUGUUUAUUUAUAGAGUGUCAGUGAGAGUAUGUCCAGAGGCUUUGGCGUGAAAGCCAUCCAGAUGCUAGCAAUACAUUUGGACUUCCCCUUAACAUAAUUUGCAGACAACUCAUUUCCAUCAACCAAUAGCUGGUAAGUUGCCCAGCUUUGACAAACAUUUAUCUGCUGGAGUUCCACCCGUCCCUGGGCCUGGCUUUACGCAUCCCCAGAGCCCUUGAGCACCUCCUCAGGGAGGCCUGCCACACCAGCACGCCCACAUCAGCCAGUGCCCUCACCUUGCUAGAGAGACACGUGCUGCGGCUGGCCCUGGAUGUGUGGCUCACUCCGGCCAAGCCCAAGUCCUGGUACAGCGCACAGCUCCAAAAAGACCUGUUUUCAGCUAAAGUGAUGGGCGAUCCCUUCCUCGUGGGGGAGGUAGGCCUGCUUGCAUUCAAGUCUGCAGCAGACGAAGGACAGAACAAAGGCCAAGAUUCUCAUAUGCUGCUCCUACAGAUGUUUUCCAAACUUUUGGAACUCUUGACCCUCCGGCAUAGGCUGAUAGAGAUGAGUCUGGAGAGUGUACAGUUAGCACGUCUCUGUAAGGACUUGGCGUGGGAGGUGGGUUUUGAAGAGUUCCAUUUGUAUCUGAAGCCUCUUCACUUUGAAUUUGCAUCACACGAGGACAAGGUGGUCCAUCCACUUCCUGUCUUUAUAAUCUCUCUGCUGGAGGACAGUGACCACGUAGAUAGGGCUCUGGAAGCUUUCGUGUCUAUUCAACUAGAAAAGGUGGGGCUGCGGGACAUGAUGCUGAAUGCCUUCCUCCUCAGGAAACAAGCCACGGCUGACAGAAUGAAGAACCUCGAUGAAAUUGGGAAAGUCAAGAGAGACAUUAUAGUUGAAUAUUGCCAGAAAUUCAACCGCCACAUGUCUCACUAUGCUCUUCGGGAGCAGAUCAUGGCAUACUGCAACAGCCUUGAGAGCCCUGCUGGACGAUUUCCCUACCAUCAGAGAUACCUUUUUCGUGGUGGGAAAACCACAAGAAAAGAAGGGGUCGAGGGACUCCAAGGAGAGCCUCAAGACUGA